AUGCAGAAGCUUCUGAGCAAAUGUUUAAGUGGCAACAACUCGGACAAUGAAACCAUUGGGGAGGAAGGACUUUUAAAAACAUGUAAGAUUGUAAUAGGCUUGGGAAACAACCUAGAUGAGGUAAACUGUAUGAACAUUGAACAGGUAGACAAUGACUUCUUGUGUGGGUUUGAACAUUACGCGAAGAAAAACUCCACAGAAGCCAUACGAAUGAGUAGACUGAACGGAAGCACACAAACAUAUAUCUCUAACCUGAAUGAAUACUGUGAGAACCAUUUUAAUGAAAUGUUUAACAUAGAGUAUGUAGAUUUUUCGUUAUCAUUUUACGAAGUCAUUUUUUUAAACUUCUUCAGUUCGUUCAACCAAAAGGAAGGGAGAAAAAAAAAAGAAAAAACAUUAUGGGAAGAUAACAUAUACGUAAUGAACAGAUUUUACCAAAAAAUGAAAACUCAAAAGUAUGUUCUGCUUCAUAAAGCUAAUUCAAUUCCUCAUAAGAAGAAGAAGAAAAAAAAUGUAAAUUACAAAAAUGGGGAUGCAUUCCUGUGUAGUGACAACAUGAUUGCCAUUGCCGAUGGAGUUUCUUCCAUUAAAAAUAGUGGAAUAAAUGUAGGCAAUUUUUCAAAUGAGCUUUUGAAAAAAUGCUUAAAUUUAUAUCUACACAGGUGUGUCAACAGUGCACUAUUUGAGGAACAAAAUCGGGUCGUCUUCGAUCAGUACAGUAUAAAACAUAAGGAAGAGGAAGUGCUUAAGCCAAUUGUAUGUAGAAGCGCGUGCUCGUCUAACUUUUUAGGAGCCUCCACACUAUUGCUCUCAUCUGUAGAGAAUGAAAAGCUGCACAUUUGCACAAUUGGAGAUUGCCAAAUGUUGAUACUACGAUUUAGGAAGAAUUGUCUCCCAGAUAAACGCAUCCGAGCGGUGCAGAGCAACAUGGGAGACAAUCAACUUUUGGGAAAUUCUUCCAAGCGGGAAAGUGCUUUCGAGGACACGCUGCAAGAUGGUACUUAUGCAGAUAUGUGUAAUGACCCCCCCGAUGAGGAGACAAUUGGGGACCCCUUAGAUGCAACUGAGCAGGGUUUUAAAUCGAAGAGGUAUAACUUGCGAAGAGGACCCCCUCUUAGUACACCCCAUGUGGGCAAUAGCAAAAAUGUUGCUCCUGACCACAGCGCGAAGGGGGGCAAAUUCAAGCUAAAAGGGCUGUAUGCACAGAGGAAGGAGCUUUACAAAAAAGACCUCUUUAGAGAGGGAAGAGGCGGUAAAACUGAGCCGCACGACUGCAAGUUUGUUACAUUAUACAUGGAAGAGGUACUGACUGGAAAUACGUGUGAACAAUUUGAAGCGUACUUGGCUUAUAAAAAUUACAAAAUAGGAAAUUUAACCUUUGUCGUGAAGGAGGAAGAGGAUUGUCCCCCUGGAGCUACACUCUCUGACACAAUUACGGGUAAUUCUAAUACAAAGACGGCAGGUCUCCCAGGCGAGAAAUAUUCUCACACGACCGAGAGUGACUGGUACGAAAAUGAAAACCAGCCACUUUCGACAAUGAGCACCAUGGAUGAGAGUGGGUAUAGAAAUUUGCUGCGUUUUUUUGACAUAGAUAGGACAGACAUUUCGGCCCUUGACAGGGGGGAGGAUUACCCAAUGUGUGUUGAGGAAAGACCCACAGAGGGGAAUAACCACCUCGAAAUGGAAACCGCCAUGAACAGAAGCUGGAGUGAAGAAAACAGCCAAAAGGGUGCCCCAAUUAACCAUUUUAAUAACUACCGAUUUAGGUGUUACGACGCGCAUAAGAAGCACUUUGAUAUAAUUUACAAGUCGAAAGUGCAGCAACAUUAUUUUAACUGUCCUUUCCAAAUAACGUUCAUGCCUUCUACUCUGGGAGGUCGCGUGGAGAGGAAAGCGUCCAAUGGGGGAACAUAUGCAAACAAGCUGGACCAAGGCAGUAGGGUUAAAAUGAGCACAUAUAACGACAUCAUUUCAAAGUGCAUCAGGUACUGCGAAUACGCCACGGCUGACAUAAAAAAUAAUGACAUAAUUGUAAGUGGAAGUGAUGGACUGUUCGACAAUUUGUACGAUGAUGACAUUAUGGAAAUUUUGUUCAAUAACUUCUAUACAGUUAAGAGCAACGAAUUUGUCCAACUGAAGGAAGUUUACAACUUUUACGAUGAGUGUAACAGUGUAUUACGCAAGGUGAAGGACAUCAUUUCGGGAGACUGGCACAAGGGGGAAAAUCCGGAACGCACAUUUUCUGCUGCGAUAAAUCAGUCUUCCGAUGUGGAUGUUAAUACGGACCACGGGGAGGAGCUCAAAGGGGAAGAUAAACCCAAUGCGGUGGAUGGUGAGUCACCCGGUACUCACCGUUCUGAGGGGAAUAAUAAAGGAAAGAUGACAAUGAAGGGGAGGGUGAACAAAUCGGAGAUCAUCCCAGAUGGAAAACAAAGCGCAGCAGAUGGUGAAAUGGAUGGAAGGGGGGGAAAUACGGACCUGUUAUCAGGAAAGAUCAACUCCUUCGAUUACACACGUGGACGACGAAAUAAGACAAACGCCAGUGAGAACAACUUGGAUGAACAAAGGAAGAAAGAGAAGGAACGAAGUUACUUCUUCAGCAAAAAGUAUAAGAGCAAUAUAAGCACGGCUAUGCUUCGGUUGAAAUUUCCCUCUAAAAUAAAGAGCAUGUUCUCGAUGAGGUCGAAGGGGGGGAAAAGCGAAAUAGGCGAAUCAGACCGGGGAAAGGACCUCACAAAGGCGGACAAAAAUAGAAACAAAGAGCAACACCGUGAAACGGGGCCAAAACGAAAUUUACAUGAAGUUAAAAAGGGUGCAAAUAACCUCCUUGUCCAGAAAAAAGAAAUUGAUUACGAAGGCAACAGCAGUUAUUCUGGACAUUCCUUGGGGUCAUUAAAUCGAAAGAACCUCAAUGUUGGGGCGUCUUUAAAGAACGAUGACCAUUUGGGUAGUCCCUCUGCAAGUGACGCAUAUUCAGAUGACCUCAAGUUGGACAAUGAGGGUAACUCGAAAGUGGUCUGCAAUUCCAAUGCGGAGCGAAAAGCACAUGGGCUCAAAGGGGUAGACAAUCUUGCUAACCGUAGGGGCGACAACUGUGGCUUUACCAACGGGCAGACUGACUGUCCUGGAAAUGCCCGUACGAAUGUACUCCAGCGGGGGGCACGCCAAAGGACAACGGAAAUUAUCGCAAACGAUCGGGUAAGCCCCUUGAGGAGGGAAAAAACGAACGACACGGAUAAGUGGAUAACAGAGCAGAAUACACUUCCUGGUAAUUCAGAGCACGAUAGCUAUCGAACAAGUGGUAUAACAAGCGGAGGAGAAAAGAAAAAAAAAAAAAAUUAUUGUGCAAGGCAAAAUAAACUUAACAACAUUUACUUAAACACGAAGAAGGCAUGCGAUGAGAUUGUGCAGCUGUCCAGCAUUUUAGCCAACCAAGAGCUGAACAAAACUUUACUAAGGAAGAGAAGGAAGAAAUACAACGCGCAGCAUGGAAAUAUGAGUAGUAAAGGAAAAGAAAGCGGUCCUGACAAUGCCCACAUGUGUGAUGCGUUGGUGAAAAAUAAAAAUGAUAAGCACCCUUCCAGCGAUGCCCCUCCAACAAUGUACGAAAAAGAAACGCACUUGUUCGAUAAAGUUAACUACGAUGAUAUACAAUCAAACAAGUCCAGCGAUAAAAUAAUUUUAACCCCCAUAUCGGAGUUCAUCUUUGAUAAGUACAAAAAAUACUUUAACAUGGGGAAGCCGGACGAUAUAACUGUCGUCCUUUCCGUCGUGAAGGAGAACAAAUACAUUUAA